AUGGAUACAAGCCCACCAAGGAAUUCACCAGCACAUCUAUCAGUCUAUAAACCCUUCCUUCACUUUCUCUCUCAGCUCUACAACCUCUUCCCCAAGAUGAUGGACUACUUGCCUGGCCCUCACCAAACCUACUUCAAAAACCUCUUCAGUAUUCAAGACUUUAUAGCCCAGAAGGUGAAAGAUCAAGAGAAAACCCUGGGUGCCAACGAUCCUCGAGACUACAUAGAUUGCUUCCUCAUCAAAUUGGAGCAGGAAAAGCACAAUCCCAAGACUGAGUUUACUAGAGAGAACCUCAUUAUGACGGCUUAUGACAUAUUCCUUGCCUGGACAGAAACCACCAGCACCACCCUGAGAUACACCUUAAUGGUCCUGACAGAACACCCAGCAGUGGAAGUAAAGAUCCACGAGGAGAUAGACCGAGUGAUAGGCCGGGAGCGCCCUCCUGUUAUGAAGGACCGCCCUCAGAUGCCAUACACGGAGGCCGUCCUACACGAGGCCCAGAGGUUUCUUGAUUUAGCCCCUUUAGGGCUCAUCCGUAUGGCAAGACAGGACGUUGAAAUUGAAGGCUUUACCAUACCCCAGGGAACCACCAUCUUUCCCAUGCUGACCUCCGUACUGCAUGACCCAAAACAGUUUAAAAAUCCACAUUUGUUUGACCCAAAACAUUUCCUGGAUGAAAGAGGAACCUUCAAGAAGAAUGGAGCAGACAUAACUUUUUCUGCAGGGAAGAGGAGCUGCCUCGGAGAGGGCUUGGCCCGCAUGGAGCUCUUCUUAAACCUUACCAGCAUCCUGCAGAACUUUCAUCUCAAGCACCCUCCAGGAGUCACCAGAAUCAACCUCACACCGGAUGUCAGUGGGAUUUUGAAUGUGCCACACCAAGUCCAGAUCUGUCCCUGCCCACGCUAA